UCCUGGCUAACAGAGAUAGACCGCGGCUUUCUGGUCAAUUGAAACUAAAAUGCGUGUUGUUUGGACACAAUUUUUACACAUUUUAUCCGGAAUAUCUCUCUGAUUAUCACGGGACAUGUUUGUUUAGUUGGUUACAUUUUUCGUCCUAAUUAUCAAUUUCUUUAUUUAGAUAGUGUAGCUGUGCUCGUGACCUUCAGCAGUGAGAUGGAGCUGGAGCAUUUCGACGAGCGGGAUAAAUCGCAACGGAACAGCCGAAGAGGGGGCAGGCUGAACGGGGUGACCAGCCCGACACACAGCGCCCACUGCAGCCUCUACCGUUCCCGGACACUCAAGAACCUCAGCUCAGAGAAGAAGGCCAAGAAGGUCCGCUUCUACCGCAACGGGGACCGCUACUUUAACGGGAUAGUGUACGCCAUCUCAGUGGAGCGGUUCCGGUCGUUUGACGCGCUGCUGGCGGACCUAACCCGCACGCUGUCUGAUAAUGUGAAUCUGCCGCAGGGCGUCAGGACCAUUUACUCCGCGGACGGAACCAAAAAGAUCACCAGCACCGAUCAACUGUUGGAGGGCGAGAGCUACGUGUGCGGCUCCAUUGAGGUCUUCAAGAAGCUCGACUACACCAAGAACAUCAACCCCAACUGGUCUGUGAACAUCAAAGCUUCGUCUGGGGCGGCCGCCCGCGGGCCCCUUUCUCUGGGCAGCUCCAAGGCCGGACCGCCAGACACCCGGGACCAGGGGGUGAAGGAUUUCAUCCGGCCCAAGCUGGUGACGGUGGUGCGGAGCGGGGUGAAGCCCAGGAAGGCUGUACGGAUUCUGCUCAAUAAGAAGACGGCCCAUUCAUACGAACAGGUCCUCACCGACAUCACGGAGGCCGUCAAACUGGACUCUGGGGUGGUGAAGAAGAUCUAUACACUGGAUGGAAAACAGGUGAGCGAUGGAGAGAGAUAA